AUGACUUUUACAACCACUCAUCUACACAAUGAUGUUAGUGUGACUUGCAGCAUCAUCCAAAGGAGGCAACGGGGAUACUCUGAGCUCUCCUCGGAACGUGCAUUAACAGUUCGAGUUUUGCAUGCUCCUAAGAACACGACGGUUUCUGCUACGCCACCCGGCUCUUUGCCUGACGGCAGCGCCGUCACUUUGAGAUGCAACGGCGUGGCCAACCCGCCGGUCACUGCCGUGACCUGGUACCGAGUGAACGGUGACUGGGUCAAACCGAUGGGCUCAGGCCAGGAGAUCACCUUCAAUGUCACCAAGCUGUCCAGGGAUAACUAUUAUUGUGAAAACCGCAACAUCCACGGGGCACAGUUGGCUGUGCCCAUCGCCAUCGAUGUCACAUUCGCCCCCGAGAUCCUGCCAUCCUCCGACUGCCAAGACGUGUCAACAGGGAUUCAGUGUUCCUGCAUCAGCCAGGCCAAUCCCCCGCCUUUCCUGAAAUGGGAAGGGGUGGAUAGUAACUCCAACCAGCAUAGCAUCAUAGAGCAGUCCCUCGACAACAUCACUCGCAGAAGCGUCAUCAUCCUUAAUAGCCUGGACAGCGACAGUGGAACUUCUCUGCUUUGCAUCAGCUUCAACCCAAUUGGAGUUGACCAACUUGCUUUCGACGUGUCCUCGCCCGACCCUCAGACAGAUGUGAGGGCUCUGGUGAUUUUUGUCGUGGGUGUAGUGGUAGCCCUGUUGAUAUUGAGUUUCCUGCUGUUAACAUAG